CGAAGGCGGCCGCGGCGACGAUAAUGUUCCCGGCGCUAAAACCCAAUUGUUCUUUCAUCAGCACUUUUUCCCGGUGUGUUUGAAUCUUCGUCUAUCUUCAACUAGGCCGCGCCCAAAGAAAGCGUGAAUCAGGUUAGGCGGAGCUCUUCCGAAAUAAUUCGUGCUUCUUUCUUAUCUUCCUGCCGUCUGUUUCUCGCUCGCGUCCCAGUAGGCAGGCGGGGAGAUUGGGUUUGUGUUUCCUAGGGUUUUGGUGUCCCUCAAUCUGACUAAAAUUGGUCGCAGGAGAACCUAUUGAUUUCUAAUUGAAGUUGUAUAUGUAAAGAAGUAGAUCCAAUCAUACCUUUUGUUUGCCAUGAAUUGUUAUGAAUGGUGAUUGCGAUGGAACUGGAACUAAGAUUGAGUUGGCAAUGGUUUGUGCAGGCAGACAGAGGAAGGCGAUAGUGAUCGCGAAAACAUGGCCGACGAAAGGAGAGCUCACCCUGACUGUAUAAAUGCGACGAAUCCUUACCAUGAGUGUGUAGAGUAUUGCUUCAAGAAGAUUGCAGAAGCUAAACCUAGAGCAGAGUUCAAGCAAGCUCAAGCUGGUAAUGAUCAAGCCAAUGAAAGGACAGAGAAGCUUGUCGAAAGACCAGAUUCUAACGAUGAUGAUGAUAGCCACAGUGACAAAAAUGACCAAGGUGUGGAGGAAUUCCCGGAAGAAGAUGUUACUAAACUUACCGGAAGGCGGAAAAAGCUGUACGAGUUGAAGCGUAAGAUGUAUGAGGCGAAGAAAGCCAAUCAAAUGGCUAUGGUGGCUGAAAAGAAGAGAUUGGAACCUCCUCAAGAGUCUCGAGGUAUUUCCAAACAAAAAUGGCUCGAGGAGAGGAAGAGGAAGAUCGGUAAACUUCUUGAUGCAAAUGACUUGGACAUGACAAAGGCGUAUAUGCUGGAUACGCAAGAGGCAGCAGAAGUCAAAUACAAGAAAUGGGACAAAGAUCCUGCUCCAUUUGGUUGGGAUGUUUUCAAUCAGAAGACACUGUAUAAUGCAUAUAAGAAGAGGACAAAGAAUGUUAAUGUGGAUCUAGAAGAGUAUAACAAGAUGAAAGAAGCCGAUCCUGAGUUCUACCGGGACGCCUCAAGUCUUCAAUACGGAAAGGCCCCAAAGAUCUCAGAGGAUAAGGUUGACAGAAUGGUGAAGGAACUCAAGGACCGGGAUGCGAAGCGCGGAUCAUUCAGCCGAAGGAGGAGAUUCCAUGAAGAGAAGGAUAUCGACUCGAUCAACGAUCGUAAUGAGCACUUCAACAAGAAGAUCGAGCGAGCCUUCGGUAAAUACACGCUGGAGAUUAAGAACAAUCUGGAGAGAGGAACUGCACUGCCCGACUAAACAAUGCCUCGCUCUCUCAGAGGUGGGGGCUGUUUUGUGUAAGCCUGCACAAGUACACUGUUUCUGGCGUUGUUUAUGAAAUUGAGUGGUCCUUGAACUAUAGAAUUCAGGGAGUGUGCUUUUCAAUUUCCUCAACUGAACGAAUGAAUACAACCAAUCUCCUCCGAUGUGUGUAUCAUAAAGUAUCAUUGUCACUAUUUCUGCACUCUUGAUUUCCUCAUUCGCAUUCCAACUUUGAGCAAGAGUUGUAAUAUAUUUCAGAAUCUUUCUCCAGAUUACCAAAUAUUAUGUUCUAGGUCCAUUUUGCUAUAAAUUCCUCCAUGUUUUCUUUGCCAACUAGGGUUUGGCGAAGUUUUGGCUGACCCACUGGAAAUUAAUGAGGUUGUCGAGU